UCUCCCUGCGGGAAGUCGGGGAGAAUGGGAUGAUAGGUGCAGGGUGGGGAGGCAGAGGUACCCCGGCCCGCGACCCCACUGAAGCCUGGCAUCCACUCCUGGGUGCUGGGGGGAGGCGGAGGCCCCCUGCCAGGUGCUGAGUCAUGGGCAUCCCCCAGGGCCCCUGCCUCCCUCCCUCAGCCUCUCCUCCUGCCUCCUCUGAGACACCCGUGACUCACACAGUCAUCUCGGGAGGAGGAGCCCGGGAGGCUGGAGGGGGUGUCCCCGGCCCCUCCCCUGGCUCCACCGGCUGCUGCCACCGGAGAGGGGCCGGCGCCUCCCAUGCUCACUCCCCAGCCCGCKGCUUGGCAGGCGGCAGGACCCGGGCGCCAGGUGGAACCUCUGGGGUAGAUCCUGAAAGGGGGUCCUCUGAAGGACCCUCCACCUGGCACCAGGUGGUGACUUCCCGGGUGACUUCCGGGGAGGAUGAUGGCUGCCCGGGUGCCGCUGUUCCUCCUGAGUCUGCUCUUCCUGGCUAAAGGUGCCCAUGGCGGUGGCCCCAGGGAAGACUUCCGCUUCUGUGGCCAGCGGAACCAGACGCAGCGGAGCAGGCUCCAGUACCUGCACACUCCGGAGCUGCACAUCUCCAUCAGGAACUCCGAGGACGCCCUCACCAUCCUCGCCCCCUUUCCCGAGGUCCCCGAGGCUUCCCGGGCCUUCCCCGAGCCCAGGGGCGUCUACCACUUCUGCCUCUACUGGACCCGCCACACGGGCAGGUUCCACCUUCGCUAUGGCAAGAACGACUUCCUGCUGAGUGACCGGGCCUCAGACCUCCUCUGCUUCCAGCACCAAAAGGAAGGUCGGGGCCAGGGGCCCCUGCUGCUCGCCACCUCCGUCAGCUCCUGGUGGAGCCCCCAGAACACCAGCCUGCGGGGUGCCACCGGCUUCACCUUCUCCUUCCACAAGCCCACCGAGAAGGCCUUGCCCAACGCCUCCUGGGACAUGUGUGACCUCAAGAGGGACCUGGGGAUGCUCAGCCGGCUCCUGAAGCAGCCCCUGAAGUCCCCCAGGAGGCCCUCGUCCACCCUCGCCAGCCAGCAGCUGCAGAGCCUGGAGUCCAAGCUGGCCUCCGUGAGCUUCCCCGGGGACUCCGUGUCCUUCGAGGAGGACCUGGUCAACGCCACCGUGUGGAAGCUGCAGCCCAGCGCCAGCCUCCAGGACCUGCACAUCCACUCCCGGCAGGAGGAGGAGCAGAGCCAGGUCCGGGAGUACUCGGUGCUGCUGCCGCGCACACUCCUCCAGCAGGGCAAAGGCCGGAGAGGGGAGGCCGAGAAGAGACUCUUGCUGGUGGACUUCAGCAGCCAGGCCCUGUUCCAGGAUAAAAAUGCCAGCCAGGUUCUGGGUGAGAAGGUCCUGGGCAUCGUGGUGCAGGACACCAAAGUCGCCAACCUCCCGGAGCCCGUGGUGCUCACCUUCCAGCACCUGCCGCAGCCGAAGAAYGUGACCCUACAGUGUGUAUUCUGGGUGGAAGACCCCACGAUGAGCAGCCCCGGGAGCUGGAGCAACGCGGGGUGCGAGACCAUCAGCAGGGAAACGCACACGUCCUGCCUCUGCAACCACCUCACCUAUUUCGCAGUGCUGAUGGUGGGCGCCUCUCCCCGACCGCGAGCCACAACACGGGCUGAGUUCUUGUCCCCUGCCCGGCACUUGUCGCUUAUUAAUCUGUUUAGUCCUCAUUACUACACUCCAGGGUAGUUCUUGUGUCAACGGUGGCCCCGCCCCCGCAGGAAGAAGCCCCGGGACUACACGGUCAAGGUGCACAUGAACUUGCUGCUGGCCGUCUUCCUGCUGGACGUGAGCUUCCUGCUCAGCGAGCCCGUGGCGCUGACGGGCUCCGAGGCCGGCUGCCGGGCCAGCGCCAUCUUCCUGCACUUCUCCCUCCUCGCCUGCCUCUCCUGGAUGGGCCUCGAGGGCUACAACCUGUACCGCCUGGUGGUCGAGGUCUUCGGCACCUACGUCCCUGGCUACAUGCUCAAGAUGAGUGUCGUGGGCUGGGGCUUCCCCAUCUUCCUGGUGACGUUGGUGGCACUGGUGGACGUGAACAACUACGGCCCUAUCAUCCUGGCUGUGCACAGGACCCCAGUGAGCGUCAUCUACCCUUCCAUGUGCUGGAUCCGGGACUCCCUGGUCAGCUACGUCACCAACCUCGGCCUCUUCAGCCUGGUGUUUCUGUUCAACAUGGCCAUGCUGGGCACCAUGGUGGUGCAGAUCCUGCGGCUGCGCCCACACAAUCAAAAGUGGCCCCACGUGCUGACGCUGCUGGGCCUCAGCCUGGUCCUCGGCCUGCCCUGGGCCUUGGUCUUCUUCUCCUUUGCCUCUGGCACCUUCCAGCUCGUCAUCCUCUACCUCUUCAGCAUCGUCACCUCCUUCCAAGGCUUCCUCAUCUUCCUCUGGUACUGGUCCAUGCGGCUGCAGGCUCGUGGCGGCCCCUCCCCUCUGAAGAGCAGCUCGGACAGCGCCCGGCUGCCCAUCAGCUCGGGCAGCACCUCGUCCAGCCGCAUCUAGGCCUCCAGCCCUGCUGCCCCGCAUGAGGACGCAGAGAUGAGGCCUCUGCUCGCGCUGCCCACGGCCCCCAGGCUGAGCACCACCUCUGACAGCCAGUGGCCGGCCAGAGAAGGCCGAGGACCCUGGAGGAUGGACUGUCACCACGGCAACCAGACAUCCAUCUGGCCUUGGGGACUACUCAGCUCCCAAGUCCAGCUUCCAAAGGGCUCACCAUACUGCCACGGAGGCUGUGGGGCUGUCCCCACAGCUGUCCAAACUGGGGCUGAAGCCUUGUCUUUCCUGCCCACCCCAGGGCMCGGCCUUCAUUGUUGGGUGGGACCUGCAGGCCCCAGGCUCAGGCCUUGGGCCAUGGAGGCCACAGGCAUCCCAAGCCUGUGCCCCUGCCCAGGACAAAAACAUGGCGGUAGCAACUCAGUCUCUAGUGGUCACCAUGGCGGCACCCUGAAGCUCCUGUCCUUUUAACCUGAGGGUGGCCAAUGGGUUGAGGCAGAGUGUUGAGCCGGAGCCCUGGAGGAGAGGUCUCCUCUCCAGAAUGAGCUGCAGGGCACCCACCUGAGCCCAGUCCUGCCUCAGCACCAGCCCCCCAGUCGCUCUGCCCAUCUGCCAACAUGUUGAUAACCCUCCACCCACCGCCUGGCCCGGCCAUCCAGCUGCCUCCACCCUUGCUCACAUUCCAGAGGGGCCGGCCCUGCCCUCCUAUGGCAAGAACUAUGGAACACAGGAGCCUCGUCUAACUUCCAUCCCGGCACUCUGGGCUGUCCUACUCUGGGGACACUGGCCUGAGCCUGAUGCCUCCUAAGGAGUCACCUUAAAUCCCUGCMAAUGGCCGGGACACACCGUCAUGGUGAAUUCUGUCCAAUAAACACAGGCUGGUCCAUUGCCAGCCUGGGCUGGAUAGUAGGGACACAGAUGACUGGAUCUGGCCACGUCCUCUGCACAGUCUUGCCCUGGUAGGUGAAGCCUACACUGAUAGCUGAGGAGCCGCUGGAGCCCAGGUGCAGAUCAGGGGCCAGAGCUGCAGCUGAGAAUCCAGGAGGACUCCCUGCAGGAGGCAGCGUCCCUUCUACAUCUCGCUCUUAAGGAUGGGGGAGGGGGUUGUUCUUUGGUGUUCUUUUCGAGGAUGUUCUUUGUAAGUAGCAAUUUGUGUCUUUUGAUAUUAAAAGAAGUAUGUGUCUGUCGUAGACAAUUUAGAAACUGCAAAAGAUUGUCAAGAAGAGAAUAAAA